CUCCUCACUCCUCACUCGCAUACACACACCCUUCCCUACUCCUCCUCACUCCUCACUCGCAUUUCUUUCUAGAAGCAAACAACAUCACCGAAAAUGCUUCUCUUCCUCCCACUCCUUCUUUCCCUCCUCUUCUCCCCGCUCCCAACCCUUUCUGUCAACCAAGAAGGCCUCUACCUCCAGCACUUCAAAAACUCCCUAGACGACCCAGACUCCACCCUCUCUUCAUGGAACGACCACGACGUCACGCCGUGCUCCUGGUUCGGCGUCAAAUGCGACGCCACCUCCAACGUCGUUCAUUCCAUCGACCUCUCCAGCAAAAACCUCGCCGGCCCUUUCCCCACCGUGCUCUGCCGCCUCCCCAACCUCACCUUCCUCUCUCUCUACAACAACUCCAUCAACUCCACCCUCCCCCCCUCCCUCUCCACGUGUCAGCAUCUCGAGCACCUCGACCUCGCUCAGAACCUCCUCACCGGUGCGCUCCCCAGCACCCUACCAGACCUCCCCAACCUCAAGUACCUCGACCUCACCGGCAACAAUUUCUCCGGAGAAAUUCCUGACACUUUCGGCCGCUUCCAAAAACUCGAGGUCCUCUCUCUGGUCUAUAAUCUCUUCGACAGCACCAUCCCGCCGUUCCUCGGCAACAUUUCCACCCUCAAAAUGCUCAACCUCUCUUACAACCCGUUUCAUCCGGGUCCGAUCCCGCAGGAGCUCGGCAACUUGACGAACCUCGAGGUCCUCUGGCUCACCGAGUGUAACUUACGCGGCGAGAUUCCCGACUCGCUGGGUCGACUCAAGAAGCUCACCGAUUUGGACCUGGCCAUCAACGACUUGAACGGCACGAUUCCGGCUUCGCUCAGUGAGCUGACCAGCGUUGUUCAGAUUGAGCUCUACAACAACUCGUUGACCGGAGAGUUGCCUCCCGGAAUGUCGAACUUGACCCGGCUGAGGCUGCUCGACGCGUCCAUGAACCAGCUGAGUGGGCAGAUUCCGGACGAGUUGUGUCGGUUGCAGCUCGAAAGUCUCAACCUUUACGAGAACAAUUUCGACGGGAGCUUGCCCGAGAGCAUUGCGAACUCGCCCAAUUUGUACGAGCUUAGACUCUUCCGAAACAAACUCACCGGCGAGUUGCCCCAAAAUCUCGGGAAAAACUCGCCGCUGAAAUGGCUUGACGUUUCGAGUAACCAGUUCUCGGGUAGCAUCCCGCCGACUCUUUGCGAGAAGGGACAAACAGAAGAGAUUCUGAUGAUACACAAUUUUUUUUCCGGCCAGAUUCCGGCAAGUUUGGGUGAGUGUCACAGCUUGACCCGGGUCCGAUUGGGUCACAACCGGUUAAAUGGGGAAGUUCCUGUGGGUUUUUGGGGGCUGCCUCACGUGUAUUUGAUGGAGCUCGUUGAGAAUGAGCUUUCUGGGCCGAUAGCGAAGACCAUUGCCGGAGCGGCGAACCUCUCGCUUUUAAUUAUAGCGAAGAACAAGUUCACGGGUUCGAUACCGGAGGAGAUUGGAGGGGUCGAGAGUCUUAUGGCGUUUUCUGGUGCCGACAAUGGGUUCAGUGGGCCUUUGCCACAGAGCAUAGUGAGACUUGGGCAGCUUGGAACACUGGACCUUCACAAUAACGAACUGUCUGGUGAGCUCCCAAAUGGGAUCCAAUCUUGGACGAAGCUCAACGAGCUCAAUUUGGCAAAUAACCAGCUUUCUGGGAAAAUCCCAGAUGGGAUUGGGAACUUAACGGUGCUUAAUUACCUUGAUCUUUCCCGGAAUCGACUUUCCGGGAGAAUCCCAGUUGGGUUGCAGAAUAUGAGACUCAAUGUGUUCAAUUUGUCCAACAAUCGGCUUUCGGGUGAGCUCCCGCCUCUUUUUGCUAAGGAAAUUUACAAAAAUAGCUUUUUGGGAAACCCUGGUCUUUGUGGAGAUUUGGAAGGGUUAUGUGAUUGCAGAGCCGAGGUGAAAAGCCAGGGGUAUAUAUGGUUGCUGAGGUGCAUCUUCAUUCUAGCUGGUUUAGUCUUUGUUGUGGGUGUGGUUUGGUUUUACUUGAAGUACAAGAACUUCAAAAAGGCGAACAGAGCUAUCGACAAGUCGAAAUGGACUUUGAUGUCGUUUCACAAACUGGGUUUUAGUGAGUAUGAGAUAUUGGAUUGCCUUGAUGAAGAUAAUGUGAUUGGCACUGGGGCAUCUGGUAAAGUGUACAAGGUUGUUCUAGCCAGUGGAGAGGUUGUUGCGGUGAAGAAGCUAUGGAGAGGGAAAGUAAAGGAGUGCGAGAAUGACGAUGUUGAGAAAGGUUGGGUCCAAGACGAUGGCUUUGAGGCAGAGGUUGACACUUUGGGGAGGAUUAGGCACAAAAACAUUGUGAAGCUUUGGUGUUGUUGCACUGCUAGGGACUGCAAGCUCUUGGUUUACGAGUACAUGCCAAAUGGUAGUCUUGGUGAUUUGCUGCAUAGCAGUAAAGGAGGGUUGCUGGAUUGGCCUACAAGGUAUAAGAUAGCUCUUGAUGCUGCAGAGGGGCUUUCUUAUCUGCACCAUGAUUGUGCUCCUGCAAUUGUUCAUAGAGAUGUGAAAUCAAACAACAUCUUGUUGGAUGGAGAUUUCGGAGCACGAGUGGCAGAUUUUGGGGUAGCCAAGGUGGUUGAUGCAACUGGGAAAGGACCUAAAUCUAUGUCGGUCAUUGCAGGUUCUUGUGGUUACAUUGCUCCAGAGUAUGCUUACACCCUCAGAGUGAAUGAGAAGAGUGAUAUCUACAGUUUCGGUGUGGUUAUUCUGGAAUUGGUUACUGGAAGACUCCCAGUUGAUCCAGAGUUCGGAGAAAAGGACUUGGUGAAGUGGGUCUGCACCACUUUGGACCAGAAAGGAGUGGACCAUGUAAUUGACCCCAAACUUGACUCUUGUUAUAAGGAAGAAGUUUGCAAGGUCCUCAAUAUUGGCCUCCUCUGCACCAGUCCUCUCCCAAUUAAUCGUCCAUCUAUGAGAAGGGUUGUGAAAUUGCUGCAAGAAGUGGGCACAGAGAAACAUCCCCAGACUGCCAAAAAAGAGGGGAAAUUGUCACCCUACUACUAUGAAGAUACCUCAGAUCAUGGAAGUGUAGCUUGAGAAGUUUCAUAUAUGGCCUGUUGCAAAGCAUUGGUUAUGGGGGAAGUUUUAUAUCUAAGCUUUAUUUUAUCAGUUUUUGAAGCUUUUUUGAAAGCUAACUUCCCAAAUCGUUUUCACCCCCCCGUGGGUUUUGAUCUCAUAGCAAGCAAGGAGGGAAGAGAAUAUUGAGAGGAAUUUCUUUUCGAGAAAGAGGAAAGUUAUGAGGUUCUAUACUGUAAAAAUUGAUUAACCACUAAAGUUUUUCAUCUGCUAAGUUUAAGUAGCUACCUGCAAGCUGCAAUGGCAGACCUCCUUGAAAGUGAUGUAUACACUGUUUAGUGAUUGUGAUUUGUCUCUGAAAUCUCACUCAGGUGAUAUAUGAAAUGGGAAUUCUGGCAUUUAUGAGCAACCCUUGUAGCUAGUAAUAUACUUUAAUGAAUUGUGAUUUGUGA